AAAUAGCAUAUUUAAAAAAAAUCAUUACAUUUUUUUUUUGUUGACAUAUUUAUAAACAUAUUCUGCAGUACCAUAUUCCGCUGUAUUCUGUUUUGCUCGUUAUUAAUAUUUUUUUAUAGGGAUAUGGGAUAUGCUUUGUAAUGAAUCACUUAAAAAUUCAUUUUUCCGUUUUUCUAAAAUUGGAUUUUGGCGGCUUUGGAUCUUAUACAGAAUGUAUGACUAGAGGAUUGUUCACAGGCUUAUCUUCUUUUGCACUAUCUUUUUCAGCGAUGUACUUUACUCAAGUACUUUUGAAGCGUCAUCUUCCAUAUGAGCAAAAAUAUUUUCUACUCCUGCCAUCCAUUGCUAGUACAAUUAUUGCAUGGAAAGUUACGUCUGAAAGAGCUAAGUUAUGCCAAGAUGCUUGGGUUUCCUCUGAAGCACAAUAUACUAGUUAUGACAAAAAGAGAUAAAAUUGUUUUUAUGAUGUUAGAUUUUUAAGUUAUUAAAAGUUUGUGUUUGUCUGCAUAAUGUUUAUUGUGUUCAUCAUUAAGAAUUUAGUUUUAAGUCAAUGUUAAUCAGUUUGUAUAUUAUUAAAAUUUUCAAACCAUG